CCGCCCGCCUCUCGGUGGUGGCGCCCCGCGGUCACGGGCGGGGCGCCCGGCGUCGCAGGCGCAGUGGCCGCCCGGAGGAUAUGUCCCGCAAGCAGGCGGCCAAGGCCCGGCCCGACACCGGGCCCAGGAGGGCGCGGCGGCCCCGGCAGCCCCCCGCCGGAGAGGCCCCGGCACCCGGCUCGGGUGGUGGGGGCCUCGCCCGCCAGCUCCGGGCCCUCGGCCUCAAGCUCCGGGAGGUGCCGGGAGAUGGCAACUGUUUGUUUCGGGCCCUUGGUGACCAGCUUGAGGGGCACUCCCGGAACCACCUCAGACAUCGCCAGGAAACCGUGGAUUACAUGAUAAAGCAGCGGGAGGAUUUUGAGCCGUUUGUGGAGGAUGAUGUACCCUUUGAGAAACACGUUACCAAUUUGGCAAAGCCUGGUACCUUUGCUGGCAACGAUGCUAUUGUGGCCUUUGCAAGGAACAAUCAAAUGAAUGUGGUUAUUCAUCAGCUUAAUGCUCCGCUGUGGCAGAUUCGGGGCACAGACAAAAACAACGUGAGGGAGCUUCAUAUUGCGUAUCGUCACGGAGAGCACUACGACAGUGUGAGGAGAAUCAAUGACGAUUCUGAAGCUCCAGCGUAUCUUCAGAUGGAGAUGCUUUGCAACAACGAUUCAAAUAGGAAGGAAGUGAAGCCUCAGAAGGGUGACUCUGAAGAUGAGUUUGAAGUUGAAAUGGAAGAUGCUGUACGAAAAGUGUGUGACGCAACUGGAUGCUCAGACAUGGACUUAGUAAGCCAGAUUCUGGAAGUGGAAGACUAUAAUAUAGAAUCUGCAAUAUUUGCCAUCUUUCAAGUGAAUGAAGUGGAAAGAAUCAGUAAUGAGGAGCAGUGUGAUCACCAGAGCAGAGAUCGGAAGUCGUGUAGCAGAACUCUGUGGGAAGAAAACAGAACUGGUUCAAGAAUCUCUGGAAAUCGGAAUUUGCAGCGAGAUGAAGUAGAAAACAACAAAGGACAGGCUAGAUCUGAUGAAGAGAAUCAGACUAACAGAAGUUCCAAGGUAUCUAAAAAACAAAAGAAGGAACAGCAGCGGCUAGAGAAGAAGAAGCGGCAGGAAGAACGGCACCGACAAAAGGUCUUGGCCAACAAGAGUAACUGUGCAGAUAGCAGCAGGACAGAGACGGACUCAAACAACCACGUCACCUUGGUGAAGGCCAUGGCAGCUCUAAACAUAUGACUGAAUGUGUUCUGAGUGCUCUGGUGAGAAAAGCAAAUAAAACUGGUGAAGACAAAACACCCCUUAAGCACAUUUCCGACCACCCGUUGUUACCUUAAAAUCCCUUUCGGUGGCGAUCUCUAAGCACACGUGAAUUUCCUCUUGCUUCGGUUGUGGGGCAAACAAGUAUUCGGUAAUUCUGCAUCAACCCAUGUGUGAGAAGAGUUGUUUGAACUUCACAAAAAGUGGAGACUUGUUUGUAUAAUUUCGGCGUUAGGUGAAGGUGAGACCUUUUCUUCACACAGCAGUGUUAGAUUUGUUUUGAGAUCUCUAUGUGCUUAGAAUAUUUUUUUAAUAGCAAUUUUUUACUUGGUUAUGCUGGAGGAGCUUUAUUUUGCCUUGCUGUCAGGGAAGCCUUAACAGUUCUCAACUCAGGAAUGUGGUUUUUUUUUUUCUUUCUAUUUGAAUUUAAAAAAUUAAGGGAACAGAAUCCCAGAAUCCUUUCCAAAGCUGUGUGUGGUACAGCCAACUGUAUCAAACAUGAGAUUCCUCUUUGUUUUCCAUGCAAGAAUGCAAUGAUCAGUUCUAAUCUAACUAGAACUGUUGCUUCUUGCUUAAGUUUGAGAUCAGCUCAUUUGCUAGCCUUUAGAAAAAAAAAGGGAGUAAUAGCAGUGGACUCAGGAGACAGCAGGGCCAAUUAAUAUGAUCUGGUGAAGUCUAAUGAGGUAGUAAAAUGCGACAUAAGCAGGCAUGAGGUUUUCUGUUGAGUGUUGUUACUUGGACAUCUGGACUCUCAUCUCCUUUGCCAUACCCUUGAGUUUUGGGCUACUCCAGAGCUUUAGUCCAAGCCAGAAGCUUCAUAGUUGUUAGUCUCCAAAUGAAAUUAGUAUAGCCAAAGGAUCAAGAGCCCUGGGAACAAGCUUCCAAGUAGCAGUGUUCACUGGGAACCCUGCCUACUUCACUCUUCAUAAAUCAAGCUUUUUCCAGGGUAGGAUUUUUUUUCAUCUCAAAUUCCUCUUUGGCAAGGUCACCAAGUACCGUAGCAUGUACAGCUCGAAUCCUGUGAUGCUUUCCACUACAGGGUUGGGAAUUUGAACUGAAGCAUAAGGGCUGUGGGACUUCGCCAUCAAUUUACGGCUUGCAGUGUUUCAGCUUCACUCAGGUUUUUGGACUUUCAUCAAGCACUAAGCUUGAAGAAAGCACGUGUGCUCUUACACACACAAUAGAUAACAGGAGACACCUCAUCAGCCAGGGCAGAGAUGAAAUGGAUUUUUUUGACAGUAAGGAACAUUGCUUUUGAAAGAAUUCUGUGUGUUCUUUGAAGUUUCCAAAUCAGCACGGAAAUCUAUAUGCCUUUUUUGACUGAACUGCUGCUAUCUGAGCUCGUACUUCUUCACAUGCUCUGCUACUGUUCAUCAAGAGCAUUUGAAGAAUAAAAAGGAGCUUUGCUUUAAGUACUGGUGGUGUAGAGAGGCAGGCUUUAAUACUGGUGAAGAAGUUCUUUUUGGUCCUGUAAUGAGCUUGGUGGAAAUAAAAAGCAAUGCAAAGCAGUUCUUACGCUUUACAGUGGGACAUUGUGUCUGGGAAGCGAAGCAGCGUGCUAAGCGCUGCUCUGAGUGCCGUGGUAGCGCGGGUAGCCGCUGCAGAGCGGCCUCACUGUAGUAUUUCGUAGGUUGGAAGAGCACGGAGGAGCCUUGAAUGCACGGCACCAUUCUUAAAGUGAAAAAUGACUUUGGUAAAAUCCGUUUUAAGCCAACCUUAGAUAGCCUGUUGUUAGCGGUGAUGCCUCCUGGAAGUCUUUUUCCCCAGAACAGUCACUUGGACAGUUGUGAAAGGAAUGGCAAGUCUCAGCUUCACCGGGAGAAAGCGCAAGUCACCUCACCGGUGCGAUGCCUUGCAGACCGCGGGCACAGCGAGGCUGUUCAGGGAAACAUGUCACCUUUGCCCAGCCGUGUUUCGAUGUGAAAGGCGAGUGGGUUCUGCAAGCUUGAAAAGACAGUAAGAGUUUGCAGUUGUACACUACAGAUAAGAUGUUUGAUCUUAAUUAAUUGCUUUUUUGCCUUCCUGAGCCAGAGCUGAUGGGAGGAUUAUUGUCGCUUCAGGCCUGGGGAGCUGUGACGUGAGUUGUCCUGGAGCCAGCAGACAGGAAGCUGAGCUUCUGUAGGGGUGAAGGGACCCACGAACCUUCUCACCUCAUCCUGCCCAGGGUAAACGGGCAGUCCUGCAGCAGCAACACAUCUUAAAUAGCAGAGGCUGACCUUCAGCUUGUGGCCUCUGACACCUGUAACCAAAUAUGUGGCUGAAAAUGCUUUCAUUUCCAAGUGUAACGUGAUUAAAACAAACUCUUAAUGUCCUGGG